CAAAGCUGAUAAUCAAAAUCUCAGACCGCAAAAGCUCACUGUGAUUGUGAUUCUGAUUCUCCGAAAGGGACUAGAGGAGGCUACCAGAAACUUUCUUGCUUCUUUAUUUUUUUUCUCGUUUCUUUCAUCUUCAUUGUUACUUCGAUUUGUUGUUCCUUUUCGAGCUUAAUUUCAAUUCCAAAAUGGCGUUCAGCAUCACACACCAGAUCGGAGCGCUCGCCGGGACGCCGAUAUCGGUGACGGAGCCGAACAAGUCGUCCGGCGAAUCAACGGCGAGCGUGACCGCAUCCGCGGUGCGGAAGUCACCGGCGGCGGGUCUCACGUGCAAGAUUCAGAAUCCGGAGGGGAAGGAAACCGGGAUGUUGACCCCGCCGAUGAGCCCGUGCCGCUCGCCUGUUCUCGGCGCGACCAGGCCGGAUCUGUCGGUGGCGUGCCAGGCGUACGCGACGGAGGUGGAGGCGGCGCCGGUAUUGGAACACGAGCUUAGAGGCCACGUGGAGAAGAUAAACGGCGUGCCGGUUUUCGUGAUGAUGCCGUUGGACAGCGUCACGAUGAACCACACGGUGAAUCGGAAGAAGGCGAUGAACGCGAGUCUUCAGGCGCUGAAGAGCGCCGGGGUGGAGGGGAUCAUGAUGGACGUGUGGUGGGGGUUGGUAGAGAGGGACGCGCCCGGCGCGUACAAUUGGGGCGGGUACAACGAGCUGUUGGAGAUGGCCAAGAAGCACGGGCUUAAGGUCCAGGCCGUCAUGUCGUUCCACCAAUGCGGCGGUAACGUCGGUGACUCUUGCACUAUUCCUUUACCGAAUUGGGUUGUGGAGGAGGUUAACAACGAUCCAGACCUUGCAUACACUGAUCAAUGGGGAAAGAGAAACUACGAGUAUCUUUCACUUGGCGUUGAUACACUUCCAGUUCUUAAAGGCCGCACGCCAGUGCAAUGUUAUGCUGACUUCAUGCGUGCCUUCAGAGACAACUUCAAGCACCUUCUUGGUGACACCAUCGUGGAAGUACAAGUUGGAAUGGGUCCAGCAGGUGAGCUUCGCUACCCUUCAUAUCCAGAGGGGGACGGGACAUGGUCAUUCCCUGGAAUUGGUGCCUUCCAAUGUUUUGACAAGUAUAUGCUCAGUAGCUUAAAAGCUUAUUGUGAAUCUGAGGGUAAGCCAGAAUGGGGUAGCACAGGCCCCACUGAUGCUGGUCACUACAAUAACUGGCCCGAAGAUACCCCAUUCUUCAGAAAAGAAGGUGGAGGCUGGAAUAGUACUUAUGGUGAAUUCUUCCUUGGCUGGUACUCCCAGAUGCUCCUGGACCAUGGUGAGAGGAUCCUUUCCUCAGCCAAGGCUAUCUAUGAGAAUGAGGGCGUGAAAAUCUCAGUGAAGGUUGCAGGCAUCCAUUGGCAUUAUGGAACCCGGUCUCAUGCCCCUGAGCUCACAGCAGGGUACUACAACACACGAUUCCGCGAUGGUUACCUACCGAUUGCUCAGAUGUUUGCCCGCCAUGGUGCCAUUUUCAAUUUCACUUGCAUCGAGAUGCACGACCAUGAGCAGCCACAGGACGCCCAAUGUUCCCCUGAAGGGCUUGUUAGGCAAGUCGCCUUGGCCACCCAGAAAGCAGGAGUACCGCUAGCAGGUGAAAAUGCACUGCCAAGGUAUGAUGACUAUGCACACGAGCAAAUCUUGCAAGCAUCAGCAUUGAACAUUAAGGGCAAUACUGAAGGCAAGCAGAUGUGCGCGUUCACAUACCUGAGGAUGAACCCGCAACUAUUCCAGGCUGACAACUGGAGGCGUUUUGUGUCAUUUGUGAAGAAAAUGAAGGAAGGAAAGAACACUCACAAGUGUAGGGAAGAGGUGGAGAGGGAAGCCGAGCAUUUCGUGCACGUAACAACACCUCUGGUACAGGAGGCUGCUGUCGCUUUGAUGCACUAGAAAUGCAGGAGUAGGCUUUAGCUAGUUUGCUUGUACGGUUCUACCACAUCAAAACUAGUGGCGUAUAUUCCAUAUUCGAGGUCACAUAAUGACAAUGUGUAAUGGCUCCAUGCCCUUGUCCUUUCUCUACAGCCCUUUUAUUAUUCGGAGGCUGUGGAAAUCGGGUAAUGGAGUAUAGUAGUGUGUUCCAUAAAACGGGCAGACACAGAUGAUGUGUCAAUAGACUCAAAUACUUAAUUGCUCUUUCUUUUCUCUUUUAUUAAGCUACAUGAUUGUAACUUUCAUAUGUGAUCUCCUGUGUAUGAACUAGUCUUUGUAUGUCUGCUGUAAAAUGCCAUCAAUGAAACAAUUUGUUCACUCAGUAUUUGAUGCAA